UUCCCUGUCUCAGUCAGCAGACAUGCUGCCUCUCCUGCCAAGCGGUAAGAGCUGGCUUGACCGCGAGGACGUCCAGAUGAAACGGUGUCCUGCUAUCUGCACCUGAGUUCAACUGGGGUUGAACGGGCAUCAUGUAGGCCUGUUAGGGGAAGAAACUAAAGGACCGUUAGAUUUCUGGUCGCAGUUAACUUUUAUUUAUCCUUGGGGUGUUCAGAAAUGCUCAAGAUGAUUCCAAUAAUCUGUCUGGCGAUGCUGCUUCCUGAAGUGGCUCACUCAGCGGAGGGUCACUAUGCCCAGAAACUUCUGAAUGAUUUGAUGGAAAAUUAUUCCAGCGCCCUGCGGCCUGUGGAGGACACAGACAGAGCCCUCAACGUCACCUUACAGAUCACCCUCUCCCAGAUCAAAGACAUGGAUGAGAGGAACCAGGUGCUGAUUGCCUACCUGUGGAUCAGGCAGACGUGGAACGAUGCAUACCUCAAGUGGGAUAAAGAGGACUAUGACGGACUGGAGGUGAUCCACAUACCCAGCAGCCUGGUGUGGAGGCCUGACCUCGUCCUCUAUAACAAGGCGGACGAUGACUUCUCAGGGCCGAUGGACACCAAUGUGAGGCUGCGCUACAACGGAGAGAUAACCUGGGAUGCUCCUGCCAUCACCAAGAGCUCCUGUGUGGUGGAUGUCUCCUACUUCCCCUUUGACAGCCAGGAAUGUAACCUGACUUUUGGUUCCUGGACCUACAAUGGCAACCAGGUAGACAUCAUUAUGGGCAUGGACAGUGGCGAUCUGUCAGACUUUGUAGAAAAUGUGGAGUGGGAGUGCCACGGGAUGCCGGCCACCAAGAAUGUCAUCAUGUACGGCUGUUGCUCUGACCCGUAUCCAGACAUCACCUAUACAGUGCUCCUGCAGCGCCGCUCCUCCUUUUACAUCUUCAACCUCCUCCUCCCGUGCUUCCUCAUCUCUUUCUUGGCUCCUCUGGGCUUCUACCUGCCUGCAGACUCUGGGGAGAAGGUUUCCCUCGGAGUGACGGUUCUUCUGGCUCUCACUGUGUUCCAGCUAAUGGUGGCUGAGAGUAUGCCUCCAUCUGAGAGUGUGCCGCUCAUAGGGAAGUACUAUAUUGCCACUAUGACUAUGGUAACAGCAUCCACGUCUCUCACCAUCUUCAUCAUGAACAUCCACUUCUGUGGUGCAGAGGCCAAACCAGUCCCCCACUGGGCUAAAGUCCUCAUCAUUGACUACAUGUCCAAGAUUUUCUUUGUUUAUGAGGUGGGCGAGAACUGUGCCUCUGCUUCCUCCUCCUCCUCUUCUUCGUCUUCUCACUUCCCCCAGGAUGACAUCCGUCACCAGCACCACAUUCACGCAAAUGGCAAACCAGGGAGCCACAGUAGCCGACAGGACUGGCAGAGUCACAAAUACCCCAGACCUCAGACGCCCAAGCCGCAGCACCAUCCCAGAGUGAAAGCGCAGCACCACAUCACUAGAGAAGAUAGGAGCCACCCCUCCAACUAUGGACCCGGGAAAUAUGAAGGCUCUAAUGGUAAAAUCCCUACAGGUGAUUGCUGUAAAGAAGAUCAGAAAGUCCCCUGCUAUCCUGAAGACCAAAAGCUUCCCUGCUGCCCUGAUGAAAAAAAGCUUCCACCUCAAGGCCCUACAGUUACCUUUGGCCCCUGCGUGUUCUGUAGCCAUGGCAGUGGCAUCCCUGGUGCGGACACCAAGCUGGUGCGCAAUGUUGAAUAUAUCGCCAACUGUUUUCGAGAGCAGAGGGCCACUUGCGCCAAAGGGGCAGAAUGGAAGAAGAUCGCAAAGGUGAUGGAUAGAUUCUUCAUGUGGAUCUUCUUCGUCAUGGUUUUCCUCAUGAGCAUCCUCAUCAUUGGCAAGGCACCGCAGUGAUGCUACGGGUUUUUAUAUAUUUGACUCAGUGAACUUUUUUUUGUCAAAUAAAAACAUCCAAGGGACUAUUUUGUGUUUUAUAAACAUGCUGUACGUUGAAAGAUAUAUGGACUUUGUGGCUUUUUCUUUAUUAAUAAUAACAGUAUAGAUUACAAUGAUUUAUUUGAAAAUAAAUAAAAUGUACUUUGCAUUCAUUGUUUUGGCCAUGUACAUGCAAUGCUAAAACCCAUGAUUUCUUACACACUUGAUAAUUUAGCAUCCUAUACAUAGCAACAUUAUAUACAUUGGUCUUCAUCUAAAACCUAGCACAAUGGGACAGACUUUAAUAAUGUAUGUUGUCAAUGUAGAUAACUUCUAAUGAAAGGGCGCAACAAAUGAUAGUUGUUCAAUCAUUGUUUUCUGAUGGCGACCACUCUGCCUGCGUUUGUUUGCUUCCUAUACAAUCCCCACCAUCUCUAUUGAUAGCAUGUUGCAAAUGUACAGUCUAUUACCAUCCCUGUCAAGUAUAUACAGGUACUUCAUUAUCUGACCCUUGAAUACAUGUAAGGGGAUCUACUGUCAAGUUAAAAUAUGACCAGUGGAGACAGCACAUGUCUUAUUCACUAGUGUGAAAUGGGAUGCCUGGGGCUGAGAGUUACAGCGUCAGUCCACGCUCCGGAUCUGCAGAAUCAUUUUUCUGUUCAAAAUCAUCCAGUGAAUAGUUAAUGAGCAAGCUUUGUUUGUAGCACAGCCAGGGCAGUGAGGAUGUAAGGUAAUAUCAGGAGCAUCAAUUAUGUAACACAACACACUCUGACACCCCCCUCUACCCAAAACCCCAUACCUUGAACUUGGAAAGUCAAGUGAAUGUGUGUGUACACACACAUGAACAAGGUGGGAGAAAGAAUAAAUAACAAUAGGGAAAGGAAGAAAACCUAAGAUUGUUUCAUUAAUUUAGGUACUGUACUUAAGUAGAGUUUUACUUCAAUUCCACUAUAUUUCUGAAGGAAAUCUUAUACUUUUUAUAAAACACUUUUAUACAUUUAUAAAUAUGAUGUAUUGCUAUAGAUUUAUUACAGUUUUUCUGCAUUGGUUUGGCUCAUUUCUUGAAACAGAAAUUACAUUCUCAAAACAACAUGGACAAACCUCCAAACCACUUGACAAUUGUUCACAACAGAAUUGUAUUUCUCAUUGAUUUCAUCACAUUGCAAAUGUAUUACUACAUCUUUGCAAAUGAUUAAGUACAGUUAGCCUACAUUUAGCACAAUUUCCAUUUCAUUCUAUAAGUCAUCACAUGCACAAUAGUCUGUUCAAUCGUCAAAAUUAGUCAACAUAAUCAUAUCAGCAUAAUACCAUGAAUACCAUAUACUGUAUUUAUUUACAGCACUGUAGGCUACAUAUAAUUUUCCUUGUUUUUGUUUAUGUAUUUAUAUAACAGUAUAUUAUGCUUUAUACAUUUUCUUUUUACUCUGAUAUGGAGAUUACUUUAUGUGUGUGAAUAAAAAUGGCUACCUUUCCUUGGCAGUGUGAGUGCAAUGUGUGAUGUCAAACCUUAGAGGCUACUCUUACCCUAAAAUCCUGUUUUUUUAUUUUUUCAGUUUUAUACACAAUUGUAUUCUGUUAGCUUGACAAAAAAAGCUAGUACAGUAACCAUUGUGAAUGAAGGACUGGGCUAAGACUGAGAGGUGGACAUGAGGGAUAUGGUCCUCUGCCAUAGUGACAAAACAUCUAAACAUUUUGACUUCCAGUGCUCACACAAUGCCAAAGGGACGAUGCAUUUUGAAGGUACUGACUAUUUAUAUGAGAAAGAAAUUUAGUUUUGACACGAGUGAACUGUUUUGGGAGAGAUAUGCACUUUUGCAAGUGAGCUAUGGUGUUGUGCUGAACUGACUGUUUUGCCAAAUGAUCUUAGAGUUUUGA